AUGAUGAUGAUGAUGAUGAAGAGGAGGAGGAGGAGGAGGAGGAGAGGGGGAGGGGAGGAGGAGAAUGAGAAUGAUAGUGGCGAUGGUGAUUAUGGUGCUGCUGCUGCUGAAGAUGAUGAUUAUGAUUAUGAGGACGAUUAUGUUGAUGACGACGACGACGACUACGGUGAUGAUGACGAUGAGGAUGGCUUGGAGAGUUAA